AAAACCAGUACAUUGGAAUGCGUUUAAUUAGAAAAUCCACCAAGAAAAAUAAGAUAUAUUAACCUGGAAUAAGUUUUAGGUUUAUUUUCUAACGAUCAAGGACGGCUUUAGAUGAAGAAAACUUCACCUCGAGCGGAUUUUAGCCGCGAGAAGAACGUUCGAUCCAAAGGCGUCCAGAACACAAAUGAACUGGUUGGUUCGAGCGAGAGCAAAAGAAUCAGACAAGCAGCUCUCAAAGCUUUAUCGUAUAGCAAAGAGAAGUGCUUUCAAACGGAUAAAUACAAAACUAGAAACAGUUCCUGGACGCCUGUUGUCAAUCCUUAUUGUAAUAAUGAGCUUUAUCAGGGAAGAGUUGACUUAAUAUGCCACUGGUUUUCCAUGUGGACAGAUGCACAAAGAAAGAACUUUCUAAAAACUAUUUUAAAAAGAAGCACAAAACUGCAGCUCAAAUUUGUAAAGGAAUUAUUUUUCAGUGCUCCUCUCCCCAUUUUGAAAGCAGACUUCACCACUGUUCUUCCUCGCUUUAUUUCUAUGUACAUUUUUUCCUUUCUCGACCCAAGAAGUCUUUCACGUGCUGCUCAGGUUUCUUGGCAUUGGAAGUUCAUAAGUGAACAAGAUGACAUUUGGAUGUUAAAGUGCUUGAGAUUUGGAUGGUUUUUGCCAUAUAAGCCAGGUUCAAGGGAAUAUGGAUCAUGGAAACAUCACUAUAUUACAUGCACGAGCACUUUGGAUAAAGAAGAUCCAUCUCUUUCCAGAAGGGAUGAUGUGUAUGCAAGACUUGGACCUGAAGAAAUACUUGCUGAAAAGAACAGGAAAAACGCCUCACAAAUAAAGAAAAGAGAUGCAACAAGAAGACUGGUUUAUUUUAAGAACGAUACAAGACGACCUCCCUGGAUUGACCCAGACACCAAACCCAAAGAUCUCGAGUCCGCGAGGAAGGCCAUGUUUGCUCACUAUAACCCGAAUUAUCCAACUUCAUUCACCGAGCAAAGGGCUGAAAGACUUGGGCUUACCGGUAAAGGACAUCAACGAGCUUUGACCGCUCCAACACGAAAAGGGGCUUGGGAACGAAGAACAAGCACCAGAAAAAGAAGCGCUUCAGCAGGAGGAACCAAAGAACAUGGUGAAGUUGAUCGGACAGAAGGGAAAGAGCCUGUCAGCUCGUCCGCACAGUUGACCCUGUCCGAGGCCCUGGCGAUGGAAUCUAUUGAGUCACAGGAGAAAGCAGAUGAGUCUUUGUCAAAAAACAUGCCAUCUUCGAUAGUUAGAAGGAAAGACCUGACAGUUGGUUUUCACCCAAGUUUUCGUGAUUCUACACUGGAUUCUAGCAAGACUAUUAAGGAUAACCGAUGGGAUUCUUAUCCCGCAGUCCUAUUCUUAUCAUCAGAGACCCCUGCCUGUGAGGUGUUAUUAGACGCAGUUUUACUAAGUGCAAUAGCGAUUCCAUACCAGUAUGAAGGCAGCACUCUUGAGUCUUUGGCAGAGAAACUUAGACUUGCAUUAAAUGGUCGUCAGGCGUCAAGCAUUGGGUUUUUCGCUCUUGGAGAAGCAGGACGCAUUCAUUUAACACAAGAUCAUCUGGUAUCUGACAAAAAUCUCCAAGAUCCCGAUAUGAAAGAUUUCUGGGAAACCAUAGCAACGAGCAUUAUUCCACGAUUGAGGGGUGGACAUCUGGAUUUCUUCAUACCUUUAACAGAGACCGAAUCUGGCAUGGACCUGUUAGUACRACUUGGUCUACUUACUGACAUACAGAUAUCGUGCCCUACUUGCACGACUGGUUUGUUUUCUCAAGUUACGGGCGAAUGGCUUUACAAUGCUGAAAACAUUGCACCACCAUUAUUGUAUUUUGACACCAAGAAAUUGGGCGCCUGGGCGCGCAUGACCGAGUACUUGGAGGAAUGCUCACAAACAGUACGUGAUGAACUGCUGCCUUUUUUCACGGAACAGCGUCAGAUUGUUGCUUUAAAAACCAUAGGUGAAGUCGUUUCCAGGUCCCUGGGAUUACAGUACAUCGACCACUUGACUGGCGUGGCCAGAAUAAUGGUGCGUGCAACAGAGAAGUUGAGAGAGGAAACUACUGAUUAUAGAAAGGAAGACCUUUUGAAUUGCUUAAUUGAGUUUUUACAAGCUGAACGGGACGGCAAAACUACAACCAAAAAAGUACGUCGCAGAAAGUCAACAGAGAUCAGCGAUGAUAGCGACAAUGACAGCGGUUCGAAGUCUAAAAARAGAGAAGAUACUUUUAUAUCCACUGAGUUUGGUUCAGGAAGCUUAGUAUUUAAUGAAUCUGGUGAAAAGCGCACAAUGAUCGCCCAAGAGAUCCUGAGAACAGAGGUGGAGUACAUGGAAGAGCUUGGUAUAGCACAGAAAGUAUUCAGGGGUCCUUUGGAAGCAGCGUUCAGCAGCAACAGGGCCAUUCUCAGCUUACCAAAUAUCAAAGCCUUGUUUGGAGAUAUGGAAACAUUACUAAACAUCAGCAGUUUAAUGGUGGAUGAAAUAUCUGCAAGACUCGAGAAGAACACCUGGAAUUCACAACAGUGUCUCGGUGACAUCUUCGUGCAGUUUGCAAAUCAGUCACGUGCUUACACCAACUUCCUAAACAACUAUCCAUUGACCCUGAACACUCUCCAACGAUGUAAAGAGCAGAAUCCACAAUUUCGCGCUUUUCUGGCGAGGCACGAAAGACAAACAGAAACGAAAAUGAUGAGUUUCUCAGAGCUACUACUUCUACCAGAACAAAGACUGAAAAGCUAUGUGGACAUGCUUCAACGGUUUCUACGUCAUACACCUCUUGAUCACGUGGACCGUAAGAACGUCACAGACGCCAUCGCCCGAAUACAGGACAUGUAUAAUAUGUUUAAACAGUACGAAGAACGACUAAACAGAGAUAAACAUCUACGUCAGUGGCAAAAGACAAUCGCUAACUGCCCGGUGUUGUCGGAAAAAGGACGAUACCUAAUUUGUACAGAGAAUUUUGCCUUGCUUUCAUACCCAGCUAUUGGGAAAGAUGUUAAACCAGAAUACAGGCUUUAUCUUCAUUGUGGGGACAUUGGUCUUUUCUUGUUCAAUGAUUCUCUAGUGGUUGCCGUCCUCACUUAUCAUGAUGUACCGUUCAAAAGACUCGUUCAAAGACAUUACAAAUUCCAAGCUUGUGUCAGCCUAAAGCAAGUAAAAGUGCAAAAUGUUGCAGAUACAAAAUAUCUUAAAAAUGCCUUUGUUCUGCUGUCAUCGACCCGCACGUGGAUUUGCAAGGCCAGUUACUGGGAGCAAAAACUAAGGUUUCUUUCUGUUAUAGAAAAGGCCAUUGCAGGAGCCUUAUGAAUGAUUGAACCCAAUCAGAAUGUUCGAAAAACGUUUUUAAAAAUGCAGAUUUUGUUUUUUAAUUUAUGAAAGAUUUUCAAUGUUUUUAAGGAGGAUCUGGGUAGUUUUGGUCUGGCACACCUAACCGCAUUGAAACGGCUACAACUUCUUCUUGAAUAACUCGAUCUGCAAGCGCUUUUCACACCAUGUAAGGAAAGGAUUCCAGAGCCUCCUUAAACUAAUAAUAAUAUAAGGACUACUAUUAAAAUGAUAAAAAUAUACAUUUUAAAACAUUUUCAAUAGUAAUUAUAGUAAAAAAUAAGAGAAAGAUGAAUGAGAGACGGGACCGAUAUAUUUUGACUCUUAUAUACCGUGUAAUGAUGAACUAACUGGCUAACUAACCGAACUCACUCUCUUAAGAAAUGUAUAUGAUACUGUCAUUAUUUUUAUAUAUCCAAAAAAAAGAUUGUUCCCAUGCGAAAGUUUUGUACAGGGUAAGGUGCAAUAAGCUGUAUUUAUUUAAAUAGCGCAAGAUACGAAACUUAUAUGAUUAUAAAUUUACAGUAAUAAAAUAGUUCGAAUUCUA